GCGACCGAGCGCCGUAACGAUGAUGUGUAUAUAUAUGGCAACUAAUUUUCGCGAGUCACCGUUAGUAGUAACUUGUUUACAAAGCAGUGCUACCAUGUCCCGAAUCUUCAUCUUUUUAGUCGCCAUUGCGGCAGUACUCUUCGUUAGCACGCAUGGCCAAAACGAACAAUGCGGUACGAACGAGCACUUCAGUGGUUGUGGAUCGGUUUGCGAACCCACUUGCGAACGACCUAACCCGCAGUUCUGCCCUGAUUAUUGCAGAGCGGGUUGUCGAUGUGAUGACGGAUACUUGAGGAAUACUACAGGAAGUUGCAGGAAAUACAAGUUCGAAUACCAAUGUGAAAAAUCGUUACGGGUCGACGGGCAACAUAACGAUGGCGUCUAUAUAAAAGGCAACUGGUUUCCGCGUUUAGUAUCAGUCGCAUUUUGUUUACAAAGCAGUGCUACCAUGUCCCGAAUCUUCAUCUUUUUAGUUGCCAUUGUGGCAGUGCUCUUCGUUAACAUGAUAGCUGCGUCUCAACCAAAUGAAACGCGCCCGAACUCUAUGCAACAGCGUGGUCGAGUAUGCGACGAGAACGACCAGUCUUGCAUAGGAAGUGCUGGUAUUUCAAUGGGCUGUGCGUGUUUAGAACCGUCAUCUGAGGCUGACCCAAAUAACCCGUGCCCGAAUUGUGAGGAACGGCGUGGUAGAGGAUGCGGCAAGAACGAGAUGUGGUUGAUGGAUCCUUCUUGUGCAUCGGGGUGUGACCCCAAUUGCUAUAAACAUGUCCCGCAGUACUGCCCUAUGUAUUGCAAAGUGGGUUGUCAAUGUAGAUACGGAUACGUGAGGAACAGUUUAGGAGAGUGCGUAUCUCCCCAGGAAUGUUAAGACCAGUGGAUCCUAUGUACCUUUCGUUUAUUAUCUACGAUGCCAAAUCUCUACUCCCGCUUGAAUUAUCGUUUCAAAUGUAAUGUACCAACGUGCGAAUAAAUAGCUGUUCAAUUGAAA